UUAUGCCAUGCAUUAUUUAUUUAUCGAUUCAUACAUUUUUAAAAAUUGAUUCACAUUUUCAAAAAACAUCUGAUUUCUAUUAUUACAGGAGUGACGUAAAAACGAUAGAUCGGUACACAAUCCUACGGGACUUUGAAGUCGAAGGAAUACUGAUUAGAACGGUUUCAGCAUGUAAAAAUGCUCACCCGGGACUAUCACAUCCGCGGGAAACGGUGGAGGUUCGUACUACUCUAUUCCGGAAUCGUAUUUCGGGAUUGUAUUAUUGCGGGGAUGGAAAAGAAACGCUGGGUAUAAUACAUACAAGAAAACGUUGUGACAUCGCUUUAAAAUUAACUCGGGGAUGGAGGAGGUUUCGCACCCCUCAUUUUCGGUCAUGGGACGAAACUCGUACUAGAACGCGGGGUAAAACUCGUGUUACGGAUCGAGAAUGUGUACCGAAAUACGCACGAGUAGAAUAUGAGAAAUUUAUAGACAUACGAAGCUGCAAGAGAGACACGUUCGCAAGCAGUUCGGAGAAAGAUGUAUUUAGUAUACAUUAAAAAAAAAAGAAACGAAGUAGAAAGUAUCACAUCGCGCCGCGCAAAUAGCUCGGCGCAAGUAGUUCCGUGUAGUCUAGGA